AUGGAAAAUAUCGAUCUCUCUAAUGUGAACCGACAGUUUCUGGAACAACAUUUCGGUCAUCACCAGCACUCACAACAUUCCCAACACUGCCAGCCCUGCCAACCAAGUGCUGCACCGUUAGCUCUCACACCAGAUCAGAGCUAUUCUAGUCUUUUCAACCAUAGCUCAGGUGCUAUCGACUCUUAUGUCGUUCCAAACGCUACUAAUUGUAGUGAUAUUCAUAAUCAUGGAAACGGACUCACUCUCUGUGACUCGGGAUCAGCUCUGUUGAGUCCACAGUCAGACGAUUAUUUCAGUGAUCAACUCAUUGAAUCUCCGUAUCCAUCGCCAAACCACUCGCCAGACAUGAGAUCACAUCCCGAUCAAGAAAACUUCAGACAGAAAAGGCAUCGCAAGAGGAAAGGGAUGCACCAACAGGUCCAGCAAAGACAUGCCGCCAAUCUUAGGGAACGCAGAAGAAUGCAAUCAAUUAAUGAUGCCUUUGAGGGCCUGAGAGAACACAUUCCAACGCUUCCCUAUGAGAAAAGGCUUUCAAAAGUGGAUACUUUAAGGCUAGCCAUCGGAUACAUCAGCUUUUUAGCUGAAUUGGUCGACAAUGACGGACAGCCUCAGAAAAGGCAUCGCAAGAGGAAAGGGAUGCACCAACAGGUCCAGCAAAGACAUGCCGCCAAUCUUAGGGAACGCAGAAGAAUGCAAUCAAUUAAUGAUGCCUUUGAGGGCCUGAGAGAACACAUUCCAACGCUUCCCUAUGAGAAAAGGCUUUCAAAAGUGGAUACUUUAAGGCUAGCCAUCGGAUACAUCAGCUUUUUAGCUGAAUUGGUCGACAAUGACGGACAG